GAGCUAUUAAAGGACAAAGAACUUUUACAUAAAUAUAGUUGCGCCAAAUUUGACAUAACUCCACCAGAAAAGAAGAAGAGAGAAAAGAAAGAGAAAAAAGAAGAAGAGAAGAAAGAACCUGAACCAGUUCCAGAGAAAAAGAAAUUUGACAUGUAA